UGGAGUGGAAAAACAACAGGCGAGUUUAGUGGAGAUAUGCACCCCUUGUGACAGUGUUAAAUGCCCAUACGCGUAGUGCGUGUACGAUUCACUACACACGAACACAGUGCUGCAUCAUCACCACCAAAAGUGUGUCUCUCGGAAGUUUUUAUCGUCCCAGUUUUCCCUCAUUCUUUUCCCUCGGCCAGCUGUCUAAUUUCACCCGGAAAUUUUGGUGGCAAAAAUGAAGAACGACCCUCAGAAUACAGAACUAAAGAAGCAGUUGCAUGACCAACAAGCUAAAAUAACAACGUUGAGUGAAAAACAGAAAAAAGUUGUGGAGCAGCUACGAUCUGAUCUUGGUAUACAAAAAGAAGUGCCAGCAAAAAAUGAGCAGGUGACAUCCACCCCUCUCACCACAUCCCAGAAUCUCAACAUCCCAAACCGCGUCGUGCCCCCAACCGCGGUCACUAAGACGCCCCCAGGGGCACAGCGUGGGUCCUCCCAGCACCACCAGCACCAGUCCCCAACCACACCAACCCGGAUGUCCAUCUUGACCAACAAGCCCACCAUGGUGACCAUCAAGGUGCCUAAUGUAGCGAGCCGUUUGGCGCAGAGCAAGCACGCACCUACGGGUCAAUCACUACCAAAGGAACCUAGCAGCCCCAGUAACCUGUACAAGAAGCUUACUGCCUUACCAAGGCCCUCCAUGUCCAACCAAGGUGGUGCUAAGAACAAUGCAAGCAAAAAGCCCCUUUCUCCAGAGGAACAGAAACUAGAAUUUAUGGCUUCGCUAGGGCUGAUUACUCAAAAGACAGCAGAGCAGCUCAAGUGUAAAAGGUCCGAAAGGAAAAGACGGAGCACAGCCAACCCUCAGUUCUCCAACUACGACAGACAAGAAAUGGAGAGCCGGCAGUCAGCAACCCGGUUCCUUGCUGCAAACGGGUUUGGUCAAGAAAAACGGAAAAGAGGAAAGCUUCACAAAGGUUCGGAUGGUUCGAUGGACAACGCAGAGAAUAGUCUCAACGGUACACUCCAUAAACAGGAAGUCGAUAAGCACCGGGACCACUGCUCAACCUGUGGUCUGGCCACGGAUGAGCUCCUCAUGUGCGACACCUGUCCCCUGGUGUACCACCUGGGCUGCCUCGAUCCCCCUCUGACCGCCGUACCCCCCGGCAUGUGGAGUUGCCCGCAGUGCAAGUUAAAAGGUUCCCAGUCUGGGAAUUGGCACGGCACGCUAGCCAUCGUCCAUUCCUACGUCCAGCAUCGGACUGUGAAGGAAGAGGAAAAGCGUCGACUGCAGAGGCGAGCAUCGGAGCUGCAGUAUGAGAGGAUACAACUGGAGGAUAAGGCUAGACAACUCAACGAUGCAAUAGCUAAGCAAAUGCAAGCCAGAGACUGCCUGACGGACUCCUUCCGCAAGACAGAAAAGUCUAUCGUACAACUCCAGGGCUUCAUCUCACGCUUCCAGGUUUAACAGUAAACCCUCCCCCGGAACUGCAGUGGAAUGUUCCAACACUGUGCUGCUGCCCACCCAUGGAUUAGCCCAUUGAACCAAAUAAGGUACACCACGUGUUUGGUUUGUGUGGAACCUUAAUGCCUCUACUGGUACUGCCCCAGUACUGCAAUGGAAUGUUCUUGUGCUGCAAAGCACCGUGCUAGUGGAAUCUACCAUUUGUUAUUUUAGGUCAAUUCUUAAAUUUUGGUUUUUAAUUAGGGCAAUAUCUUUCAGAUAUGCAGUCCCCUCCCCCAUUACACCAACUAUUUUUGUUACUAGUGGUGCAUGAUGUUGGUCUCGACAGUACUAACAAUGCCACAUCCCUCGUUAGUCCAGUGGAAUAUUCAAUGAGCUCUCUGUGGCCUACCCAUGGGAUAUACCAUUUAUUAUAGCAGGGUGAAUGUGCAAUGUCAACAGUAUUGCCAAGAGGGGCUCAUAUGGUAUUUCUGCAUGUGAGAUACAUGUAUGUACAUGUACCGUUUCAUUAGUAAGGUACCAUAUUUUUUUAAGGUGCAUACUCCAAUUUAUGCCUUGUCAGAGUAGAACAAUAUCAGCAUGUAUUCUGGCAAAAACAGGAAAAUGACGCAUUUUUUUAUAUGCUUUACUUUUGAAAAAGCAAUCUAUUAAAAUAUUGAUACAUUCGGUAUAAAAAAAGCUCCUUUUGCAUUUAACAUUGGGUGCAGCAAAAUUAUUUGAAAACAUUUUGCAUUAUUUGCCAUGUUUUGUACUUUAAAAUGCAGGAGCCAAAAUUAUAUUUUAAUUAUAAAAUUGAACAAAGUAAUUGACUUGUAUCAUUUAUAAUAAUGUUCGAUACAUUUGUCUCAAUGUUCAGCAUAUGUGACAUUGAAUAUGCUUUAACAGUACAACAAUGAUACCAAUUUCGGAAACAAAAAUGAGUGAAUUUCUUUAGUUUAGUGUGAUACACGUACUUGCCUUCUGAGGUUGUAAUUUAGACAGUUACCUUUUCUUCCACUUUUAUUGAGCACUUAAAAAGCGGAAUUUUUGUUGUGUGGGCUUUUCGGGCUUGAGUCUGAAAUCUAUUGACAAGAUGUGUUCCCAGUAGUCGCAAAAUAUUACACAGGAAAUAAACAAUUUUUUCCAACCAUAAAUGUCGCAAAUUUUGAUAUAAUAUAUUUUGUGAAAAGUUUACUAGAAAUUCUUUCCUAUGCAAUGGUUGUUGAGGUUUGAGUUUCUAACCAUAUAAUUUCCAGCAAUAUCUUGUCCUUGCCUUGAAAAAGAAGUUAAACUUAUGGACCAAAUAUGAAAUAAUAGAGAAAAUUCUAUACACACCCAACUCAAAUAAUUUUAGAUAUACUGACUUUACAAACAUGGCCACAAAUUGUAAUGCCAGAGAACAUGCAGUAAUUUAAACUACAUGUACAUGUUACUACAGUACAAUGAUGCACUUGAAGGGAUAUUUUUUUUCUUGGUCCUGGUAACCCAGCUGUGUUACCAGUCCCAGCCAGACUAGAUUGUAAUUAAAAACAAAAAGUCUGUUAUUUAUUGAUUUGUUUAUUGAAACAAUGACAUUUUUAGUUCUAGUUUAUUUUGAUUAAUUUGAGUUGUGAGUUGUUUUAAAUUGAUUUUUUAUCUUCAGUUAUGUUUCUGUUGUUUCUGUAGGGUAUAUUUCUUGUUAUAUUGAACAUCUUUAAAUUCCUGGUGAUAUUUGCAAUAGUCAAACGUUUACAAUGUACCAAAGUUUGGGGUUUUUUUUGGAUCACGAUAAAGUCAUGUCAGCACUCCAGAAGGCCAUGGAUUUUUUUGAAAAUUGCCAGUCAACACACUGAAACGGCUGUUGAAAUUUUGCGGGAUGAUCAAAAUAAUUAUUGAGCCCUCCUAGACGUCUUUAAAGUCAGCUUAAAUAUUAUGGAAUUCUUUUUUAAAAAAAAUUUUAAAAAGGACUUGUAGGCCCAACAAACUUGCUAAGCCUAUCCCAUUUCCAGUCUUGCCUUUUUUAUGACAAAGCAGGCUCUAAUGGUAAAAUAUUACCUGCUUGAAAUCAUUUUACUCCCCCCCCCCCCAACAUAUGCUCCUCCCACUUCUGGGGUUAAUUCUUCCCCAGCUUCAGUCACCCUAACCCUGCUACGUACAUGCAACACAAAGCAACAAAGGUAAACAGUCGCAUACUGUUGCAUCUAGCAGGCAACUCAAGUCCCCGUGCUCUGUUGCAUCUUGUUGCAUUUAGCAGGGUAACUGCUCAUAGUGCCAAGGCGAUGCAAGAGUAUCCACUGUUGCAGUUUGUUGAAUUUAGAAGACUUCUCAUUUGAGUUCAGUUGGAUAUUGUUGCAUUUAGCAGGGUAACUGCUUGGUGCCAAGGUUGGUGUGCACUGGGUUCAAUGCACAAUGCAACACAAUCCACUGUUGCCGUUUGUUGCAUUUAGCAGGGUUAUCAUUUGAGUUGAGUUUGGUAUUGUUGCAUUUAGCAGGGUACCUGAGGAACACCCGAUGGGGGUUAGGGUUAAUAAAUAUAUUAACAGAGUAAUGUACUGAACAUGCACGUUUUAGUCUGGUGCCUUUUAAUAAGUUAACAGAGCAUUGAUGUUCUUGUGACAAGAAUGUUAAGGUCAAUUGGUUGUAUUAAAGUUAUAGUAAAGUUCCGUUUCUUUUUGUGUAUAUGUAUUUUGCAAAUAACACUUGUAUGUAGUAUACAAUGAGAUGUGCGUGUGAUAAAAAAGAAAUAUUUAAUUUAUUGUAUAGUGUGUUCCUAGGGGUUUGGAUACAAUUUCCAUGCACUAGUCGUAUGAGCAACUUCAAAGAAAAAAGAUACUUUUGAAAAUUUGUAUAAAGGAUAUGUAAAUGCAGCACUUGCGUUUUGAUGUUUAUUUUAGAGCUGAUUUUUGUACAAGCCCCCACGUUAAGUUUGCAUUUUGACAGACCAUUUGUACAUGUGAAAAUAAUCUAGUAACUUCUGGAGAAUUCGACAGUCACAGUGGUCUUUGACACUUGUCAUAGCCAUACUUUCAGUGACAGUCACAAUGAGCAGUGACCAUGACACUGAUGACAGGGAUAUCAAUGGCUGUGUGUGGUUAUAUUGAUGGAUGUGACUUUUUUUUCUCUCUCCAAUUCUUUGGCCUAGUGUACAGUUACUGAUUUAUCUUCCCCUGGCUUUACUGAUUUCUAGUACUUUAUAAUUAUUUUAACACCUGUAAAAAGAAUGAGUUACUGUGUAAAUAAACCCUUAGAGAAUGAUUAAAAUAUGGAAUUUAA